UAUAGUUUUUCAAAAGCAUAUAUUUCAUAUUAUGAACAAUGGUUGUUGUGUGUUUUCCAGGAUGUUAUGGAAAAACUGGAGAAAGGUCAGGAACAGAUAGAAAAAUUCAACAAAACUGCAUCAGUUUUACUCACUUCACAUUUAGACACCUAUGUCAACAAUCAAUUAAGACAUCUGAAUUCCAGAUACCAGGUACAGGUGAAUUUGGCUAAAGAUGUCUUGAAAAAAGUAGAGACAAAUUUGGAACAACAUCAGCAAUACAGUGAAAACUAUGAGAAAGCUAAGGCUUGGAUUGAAAAUGCAAAACAAGUAAUCUGGGACUGCAGUGAAGCUUCUUCAAAUAGCAGCCGGGAAGUUCUGCAGGCUCGCUUAGAGCAGAUUCAGGAAUUGUUACGGAAGAGGGAGGAAGGCCAGAACUUGAUCCAUAUGACUGUAAACUGUGGAGAGAAAGUUCUUAGAAAUACUCGGUCAGAUGGGCGAGACAUUAUUAAUACUCAGUUGAAAGAAAUCCAGAAUGAUUGGGAUCGAAUUGUGAGGAAAAUAUCAACUGCUAAGGUUCAUCUGGAAACUAGCCUGCUACAGUGGGCUGACUACAGCUCUUCAUACUCACAACUCCAGCAGUGGAUCACAGAUCGUGAGGCAAAGUUACAGCAAGUUUGUGAACAAAAGGCCUCAAAAGCAAAAAAGGUUCCAGCUGCAGGUCUAAGCUCUCUGAGUAUUGGAGAGAGGAAGGCUACGCUGCGUCAAACAAACAGCAUUGUUCAAGACAUUGUAUCAUUCGAGCCAAUGAUACAGUCAGUAACAUCCAAAGCAGAGGAUUUGUUACAAGCACAGCCUGCUUCUGAGAUAUCCAGCAAAUAUGAAACACUGAGUAAACAUGCCAAAGAACUGUAUGCUAAACAAAAGGAAACAGUGGAACAGCAUCAGGCAUUCAUAGACGCUGGUAACGACUUUAUGCAGUGGAUCCGAGCUGCAAAGGAGAAACUCAGCAAAUGUUCAGAGCCAACUGGUGACAAGGAAUCUCUCAGUAGUAAAGUGUCACAGUUGACAGUACUUGAAAGUGAACAGAAAGAGGGCCAGAAAAAACUGGAAAAGGCUUUGGAACAAGGAGAUGUUGCUUGCCAAGUUGCAGAUCCAGAGGAUAAGGAAGUAAUUGAAGAAGAAGUUGGUUUAUUACAAGAAGAAUAUGACACUUUCAUUGAGUCCCUCAACCGAACUAAAAGUCUGUUGGAAGUUGGCAUUGUUAAAUGGACUGAGUAUGAAGACCAGUACCAAGAAGCUUCUGACUGGCUUACCCAGACUGAACAAGUGGUACAGACUUUCAACAAACUUCAAGACAGUUUAGAAGAAAAGAAAAAUGUUCUGGAACAAUUCCAGGCUCAUCUGCAAACUUUAUUUGACUGGCAAAAAGAAUUGGACCGUCUAAAUAUGAAAGCUCAAAUGUUGCUGGAGACUUGUGCAGACACAAGAAUCAGCAAUGCUGUUACACAGAUGACCACGAAAUACAAUGCUCUACUGUCUCUUGCCAAAGAGAUCAUGAGGCGGCUUGAGCUGCAUUAUCAGGUAAUGUUGGUGCAAUUUGUUCUUAUAUCACAAGAUUGGGUUGAUCGUACCAGAGAUAAAGUAAAUGAAUGCCUUGAAAUUCCAAGCACUCUGCCAGAAGUUAACAAUAAGUUGCAGACUGUAAAAGCAAUUAGACAGUCUCUUGAGCAGGGACAGAACAAACUGAGGUAUGCAUUGGAGUUGAAAGAGAAGGUGAUAUUGAACACUGAACAAAAUGGAGCUGCCAAAAUACAGGAAGAUACAGAGAACUUAAAACAAGAGUUUGAAAAACUAAUGAUUGAUGUUCAAGACCUGAGGCAAAAACUUACAAGUAGAUCUGCACAGUUGGAAGAAAUUCAGAAGGCUCACAAAUUGCUCUCUGAUUGGCUGAAUGAGAUUGAACAGAAAGUGCGAUCAGAUGAAGGAACUUUCCUUAAUGAUCUGAGUGAAAAGCGAGCAACUUUAGAAAAAUUCCGCACAUUGCAGCGAGAUAUCAACAGCCACAGCGAGAUGGUGAAUAGAGUGAAGAAUCGACUUACAGAUGAUCCAUCUUUGUCUGUCAAGGAUUAUGAGGAUAGCAUCAACAAAUAUCAGACACUCAAGGAUUUGGUUGCCAAGAAUAUUGCUACAUUGGAGGAACAAGUGAAAGAACAUGAACAGUACAAACAAGGAUAUAUUGAUGCAUUCGACUGGGUUCGAAAAACUCGAAUUGACAUUCAGCAGUGUAGUGAUCCUCAUGGAGAAAAAGAACAUACGAUUGAAAAAGAAAGGAAAAUGAAUGAAAUAGCAGCAACUAUGAAUGAUGGUGAGAAGUUGGUGGAAAAAGCAAUUGCUUUGAGUAACACUGUCAUGAAGACGACUGGAACUGAAGGCCAGGACACAUUGAAGCAGGAAAUCCAACAACUUAAAGCUGAUUGGGAGGGUCUGAGAAUUAUCUGCAAGGACUCGCAGAAAGUUCUGUCGAAGUGCAUCGUAUCUUGGAACGAUUUUGCAGACACCUUUGACAAGAUGAAGACUUGGCUUGUUGAUUUCCAGAAGAAGGUAGAUGCUGAAGUUGAUGGAGACAAGAAGACUCCUGAAGAUCUGCAAAGGUGCAGGAUAAUUCUCCAAGAAGCUGUGCAGCAGAAGAUUGUUAUGGAAGAGCUUAAUGACCGCUGUGAAGUCUUAAUGGAACUGAGUGCCUGCAGCUGGGUCAGAGACAAUGCAGUACAACUCCAGGGAGCAUACACAAACUUGCUCACCACAGUCCAGGGUCUUGUUUCUCGAGUGGAGAAAAAUUUGUCAGACCACACUGAGUUUAUAAAAGCAAAGGAAGAAUUUGAUACUUGGUUGAAGCGAGCUCAUGGCACUGUACAAGACUGCAUUGGAGUUGGAGAUGAAGCUUCCACAAGAGACAAAUUGGAAACCAUUCGGUUGGUGUCUACCCGCAUGACUGAAGGUCAACAUCUAAUGUCAGUAAUGCAGGACGUUUUCACAAAAGCCAUUAACACAACUCCAACAGAUCAACAGGACACAUUACGUGAAGAUAUGACAUAUCUGCGAAACAGUUGGGAGCAGCUGAAUAUUGACCUCACUUCAGUUAUGGCGCAAUUAAAGGCUGCAGUGAGCCGAUGGGAAGAUUACAGUGAUUCAAAAUAUAGGCUGGAAAACUGGAUUUCAGAAAUAGAAGCAGCUAUUAUAGAGACCCCUGACACUAAGGCAGAACUUGGAGAAAUGAAGACACUUAUUGAAAGAUGCAAGCACAUCCAAAAUGAAGUGACAGCCAAACGAGUGGACCUGGAUCAUUUGCUGUCAGAAUCUAGUGAAUUAUCAGUUUGGGCUAGUAGACCUGCAGUUCUAGAAGAAAUUCAGAGACUACAGACAAGAUGGGAUCAACUUGCCAGUAGCAUUGCUUCACGCAGAGAAGAUCUAGAAGUUGAAAUGAAGGAAUAUACAUCAUAUCACCAGUCACUCCAAGACACUGAGAAAUGGUUGCUUCAGAUCUCCUUUCAACUAAUGGCCCAUAAUUCUCUGUAUAUUACAAACAGAGAGCAGACACAAGAGCAAAUAUCUCAGCAUGAGGCGCUCCUAGGAGAUAUUCAGAAAUACCAAGCUACUUUGGAUGAUGUGAAAGCUAAAGGUCAUGGCCAAAUUGAGAGAUACGUUGGAACAACACCAUCAGUACAAGAGACAAUAGAGAAACAGCUGCGCAAUGUUCAGGAUAGUUACAACUCUCUCCUUCAUACUGCUUUACAGAUCAAGAAUCGACUGCUGGAGUCUUUGUCCAAAUUCCAGGAAUAUGAAGAUACUCUGGAAAGUAUAAUGAAAAAUCUUGAUGCCUUUGAACCAGUUAUCAAUGAAGAAGUUGAAUCUCCAUUAAACCUCAAAGUGGCACAACAGCAGCUUGAAACUGCCAGGAGUCUGCACAACAAGCUCCAAGCUGAAAAGUCUCGCCUUGCUGUGGCUGUACAGGCUUGUGAAGCUGCUGCUGCCUGUAUUUCUCGACCCAGCAGUCCACAGGACACUAUACCACCCCCCAUCCCUGACAGAGAGCUGGUAGUAAGAGCAAGAUUAGAAGAUUUGAUAGACCAGCAACUUAGUGACAGAGCAAAAGAGGAAUCAAGAGGCAAUGACAAACUGCAGCUUCUUCUCAAGAAUUUGGAAUCACAAGGUUUCCUUAGAAAGUUGAACAGUAUGACUGAUAAGGUUCAAAACCGUUUGUCAGGACUAACAUCCACUGUGAGUGAAAUGGAAGAAGGUGAACGGCAACGGGCAUCAUUACAGCAAUGGGUCGCAGAGCAGAAUGCUGUUGUAACAGACUGGCGAUCCCGACCUGCUAAAUUGCGUCCUGAGGCAGCCCGAGCAGAGCUGGUUAACAUGCACGAGAUGCUAGGAGCCAUUGGAGAGCGAAGAGCUCUUCUCGUGUCUGAGUUGCCAGUUGCUGAAGAAACUGGACCAAAGUUAGAAGAACAACUGAGCAAGUUGGAGACUGAGCUGACACAAGUAAUGGGAAAGAAACAAGCAGCACAAAGUAUAAUUGAGGAGUACAGAAUUAAUCUCCAAGAUAUUCAUAGCUGGUUUGAUUCCCUGAUAAAACAAAUGGAAGUUCUGGACAAAGGGAGUGGACUGGACUGUAUUCAUAAACUGGCUGUUAUCUCUGAAAUUGGCUCUGAGUUUGAGAGUCAAGGUCCAAGAAGAGUGGAUGAAAUCAAACGUUUGGCCAAUGCCGUAAUUGAUGUUGUUAGUAAUCUGGAUUCUCAGCAAGUUGAGGAACAGUUGAAGUCAGUAGAAAGAAGAUACAAUGACAUUGCAAAGAGAAUCCAGCGUAAAGCACAGGUGUUGGAAAUGACAAAUAAAGGAUUAGAAGGUGCUUGUCAAGAAAUUGAACAAGCUAGAGAAUGGAUUCGAGAGAAACUGAAGCAAUUGGAAACACAGCCACCAGUUGGGUUUGAGAGCAAAGUCGCAGAUGACAAACUCCAAUCUCUACGAGCUCUCCUGAAGGAAGCAGAAGGCAAACAGGUGUUGCUGGAGACACUGGAGAAGCGUGUGAACAACAUGCAGACAGAACUUGAACCUAGUGAGCAGCAGCAACUGGAGAAUGGGCUGAAGAGUCUGGCAUCGGAACAGAGCGAACUUUGCUCGAAGUUAAGAAGUGAAAUUGACCAUGUGGGAGCAGGGGUUGAAGCCAGGAAGAAGUUUGAGGCUGAUAUGGAGGCAGUGCAUGCAUGGCUUAAGGCCAAAAACAGUGAGGCUAAGAAGUAUGCUGGAUACCUUCCUCUGAAAGCUGUGGCCGUGGAGAAGGAAAUUCAGCAAUAUAAGGGGUUUGAGAAUGACAUCAAAGACUUCAAUGGAAGCAAAUUGAGUGAGAUUCAGAAACAGUCAAAUGCUCUACUGAAAGAAUGUAGUGAACCUGAUAAGAAGAGGCUACAAAAUAUCAUCCAAGCUGCAAUUGAUGAGUAUGAAGCUCUGAAGAAACUUGCCGACAAUAAAUUGGCUUCUUUAAUUGACUUACUGCAAGGGCGCAAGCAAUUUGAAGCAGACAUAGACAGAUGUCAACAGUGGCUGAAUGAAGCAGAGGUUGCUACUUCGGCUGAAAUUCGAGCACCAAAUGUCGGAUUACUUGAGGAACAGCUUUCCAAGUAUGAUAAACUGAACGAUGAAGCCGGUAAGAUAGGGGAUCAGAUUGAGUUGAUUAUUCAGCAAGGUAAGGCCAUCCUGCCAACAGUGAGUGCGGCAGAUAAGAUGACUCUAUCCGAACAGCUUAAUGGAAUGAAAGAUAAACAUGGUCGCAUCUCAACCGUCAUCCGUGACCGAUCUGACGGUCUCAAAGGUCAGAUCGAAAACUGCAAAGAAGCUGCUGCUAAGGUUGAAGAGUGUGUCAAUUUCAUGAGUGACAUUCAGAAAGAGUUGAAAGAACUAAACCGGCCUGUCGGUAGCAAGGUGGAAGAUGUGCAGGGAAUGCUUGCAUCAUAUGAGAAAAUUCUGGCUGAUUUAAAAACAAAUAAAGUGAAGCUUGGAGAUCUGCAAAUGGGAAAUACGGGCGAACUUCAAGGAAUCAACCAGCAACAGGACGAUCUAAUUCAAGCUAUAGAAUCACAAAUUGCUAAGUUGCGUCAGUUACUGCUGCUACGUGAACAGUUCAUUGCUCUCAUCACUGAGAUCAUGACUUUCAUUACUAAAUAUACGGAAGUGGUGCGUGACAUCGAGAAAGGAGGACACACCGUUCAAGAGAAAAUAAAGAAAUAUGAUGACGUGAUUGUAAAAAUCCAGGAAUGUGAGGCCAUGUUGGCAUCUGCAACUGAUAAAGGGCAGCAGAUAGCCGCUGAAGGUUCGGCUGUAGACCGUAACAACGUGACCGAGCAGUUGCAGUCACUGAAGCAACAGCUGCAAGCCCUAAGGAGGGCAGUAGAGAAACAACGAGAACAGCACGAAAUGGCUGCUGCAGAACACAAGAAGCUGGCUGUUGAGUUAGAAGCCGUACUAGACUGGCUUCAUGCCAACGAGGCCACAGUCAGAUCAAGACCAUUGUUAGAAAGAGAUCCCGCUAGUGUUCAGGAACAAAUUCACAAACAUAAAGCAUUGGCAGAGAAUGUGAACAGUUACUUGGAUCGAGUGCGUGCCGUGCAAGAAUCUAUUCGACAUGAGGAAGGAAUGCCUGGUUCCUUAAUGGAGCAAAUGAGUGAAGCAAAUUCCUUACUUUCAACUCUCCCGCAAGAAUUAGAAGAACGUGGUAAAUAUCUGGAGACAAAUCGGCAGCUGCGACUCGAGUACGCUGCUCUUAAGGAAAAUGUCUACGCGUGGGUCAAAGAAGCCGAUUCCAAACUGCAAUGUGGGAAGCAUGGAGUGGACUUUGAGAGUGUAAUCAGAGAUUUAGAACAGCAUAAAAUAUUUUUCAGCAGUGAAGCAUCUAUCCGAGAACUAGUGUCACAGCAAAUUCAACAGGCGGCAGAUCGUAUUUGGCCAUCAUUAACAGGUUCAGAGCAAGAAGAGUUGAGCCGCGAACAGCAGCAACAUACGCAGCUUCUAAAGAACACGCUCAACUCGGCUCGAUCUCGCCAAGCUCAGCUUGAGCAAAAUGUAGAAAUCUGGCGAGACUACUGCCAAACUUUAGAUAAAGUCAGAUCCGUACUUGCUCGUACUCAGUUCUCAGAUGAACCUGUCACGUCACUUGCUGGACUACAUUUCAAUAUUCAGAAGAUAACGCACGCACUCAACGAUAUCCAUAAUCAACAGUCCGAGAUCGACUUGUUGAAUGAACGGGGGCGUGAGAUCACUCGACAGUCAGAUCUUGCAAACCGUGAAUAUAUAGAGAAACAAUUAACGAACAUUAACCAAGAGUGGAAUGACUUAGUUAGUGGCCUCGAGAACAGACGAGACACACUGACAAAACUAGCUCAGCACUGGGAGGAAUUUGAAUCCAAGUGGCAGUCGUUUGAGUCUCUCAUUUCCGGUAACGAGGAGAAAGCUCGGCAUAUUGACACCGUCGUGAGAUCAAAAGCUCAACUCAAGGAAGCAAAGCAAACUAUCCAGGAACUCUUGUCGGAAGUGGAAGGCCAGAGAUCUCUUCAAGCAGAGGUGCUGUUUUUGUCAGGGACCGUACUCACCUAUCUCACAGUUUUUUCCGAACCUUCCGCUCAGAUGCUGAAGGGAAAAUUAGAUCAACUGACUGAUACAUACAAAAAAAAUGCCUUUGUUUUUCAGGCUCUGAAAGAUUGUGUAGUCGUCUCGAGUAUAUUUAAAAAUAUAUUUGCUUUAUUUCAGAUGGACUUCAUGUACAGUAUAUUGGUGGCUGAUUUUGAAUUUUGUAUAAUAGUUGAUAUUCCUGUACUUGUUGAUUUAUUGAGAAGCAAAUUAAAUAAAAGCAACGAGGACUUGGACACAGUAGAAAGUAUUGAAGCUGCUGUUGGAAAAGUCCAGAAAAAUUUGCUUAACCUACAGUCUGAGGUGCCAGCAUUCUAUAUUUGGGGGGAAAACCCAGAUACAACUGAAUCACUUUUGAAGGGUUUGAAGUCUCAGGUAGAAGAUUGUGUGUCUGAAGGAAAACAACUAAUAUCCAAAACAAAAGACAAAUAUACCACAACACAGCAGCUCGUUCCUAUAGAUAUUGGUCAACAAUUAUCUUCAUUGGAGCUUCUAUCAGAGACGGUAUCGGGAGCAAUGGAGGAAAAAGACAGAGAACUGAAAAGAGCACGGACUGUGCGGACCGAUUACAAGCGCGACGUCGAAGAAGUUCAGAGCUGGAUUCAAAAUGCAGAGCUUAAAUUGCAGGAUCGAUCAGUUGAACCACUUCAACUGAAAGAAUAUCUCACGGAAAUACAAAAUGAAAUCGGAGGUGUCGGUGACAAAUUGGAUUGCAUAGCAAAAAGUGGCCGCAUAAUCAUGGAUCAAACUAAUAAGGAAGAUGAACGAGAUCUGACGCAAAGCACAAUUAAUAGUUUGUCGGAACGGCUGGCACAAGUCAAGUCCUGGCUGGAGGAGAAAAAGCUCCAGGUUGGAGAAACACUUGAUUCCUGGCAGCGGUUUAUGACAUUGUACAAGACAGUAAAAUUGUGGGUGGAUGAAAAGCAGACGUUCUUGGCAGAGCCCGUACAACUCAGCAGUCUUAUACAGGCUCGGCAAAAAUUGCAUGAUUAUUCUAUUGCAUUGAAGAGUUGUAAGCAAAUGACCAAGAACCUGAGUGACAUGAGUAAGGAGUUAGAGACGAUUAGCCAGGUAACAAAUGUGGGAGAUCUUCCGGAGAAGUUGGAGGAGGCUGAAGAAGCUAAGGGUGAAGUUGAAAGUCAGCUCCUUGAAAGAAAUGCCUUACUGCAAGAAACAAGUGAAGAAUGGGAGCAAUGUGAAAAGAAGAUGAAAGAUGUGCGUUUAUGGAUUGACAAGUCUCGCCAAGCUCUGGAAUCUCCACAAAACAAAAAGCGACCACUUCGCGAUCAGCUUGGUCUCCGUGAGAAGAUGAUAUCGGAUAUUACUAUACAGAAAACUAAGAUCUCCAUCUCUGUAGAAAAGCUCCAGCUGCAUUUUCGCUCUGGUGUUGGUGGUGAUUCAAAAGUAACUGAGGCCGCAGAGGAGAUUAUCAAAGAACUGGACCAACUUACGGGCGUUGUAAAAGAGCAGGCAUCAAGUUUAGAAACAUCUCUUGCUCAGCUAGAUCAAUACCAGCAGGAAAUUCAGCAACUAAGGCAGCAGAUAAUCCAAGUGGAGCAGCAGAUUCGUGUCGUCCUUAGCCCUACAUAUCUACCUCAUGACCGCGACAAAGCUGCGGAAGAACAAAAUGGCCUUCAUCAGAACAUGGACUCCUAUCGGGAACAGAUCCAAGCCCUAAUGGACCGGAUCCAUCAGAUUGACCCAUACAUGGUCAUCCUUCCAGAGAAAUUAGAACAGGGAAGUGGAAGUGGCCAACAGAGUCCUGCUUCCACUGGCAGUGUUCAUAUUGCUGAUAAUUCUGGUGGCAGUAGGAGACAUCAGAAGGCCAGUCAGCAGUCUGUAAUAUCGAAGGGUGCAGAUCUCUGUGUUUCUUUGACAUCAUCUGCUACAUACGCAGACAUUGCUGCAGGUCGUAACAGUCCCUGCCAAUUUGUAGAACAAGCUGAAGACAAGGAUGACAAAAUGAAACAUCUUCCUAGAAAGACUGUUAUUGCUAGGACAGUUAUGGAGGUUAAAGACACUCCAGACCGAGAUAUAAUUUCAGAAAUGUCUGGUAACACAAAAUUUGAAGAGGUAUCAAGAAAGGAUGAUGAACCAACAAGCAUUAAAGUACAGGAGUUGAAAACGCACGUAAUGUAUUCAGAUAAAAUGCAAGAUGUGGGAGAAUCAUUAACAAAAUCUACACUUUCUCUUCAUUCUGAAGAAGUGCAAUCCAUUGAUCCCCAAGUUGAAAGCAUUGUAUCUCGGGGAGAUAAAUCUCGACCAUCACGUCGUGGUCGAUCUCAGCAGCGGAAAGAUGUUCAGGAAAGAAAAAAUACAGACAAAUUACAUUUACAAAAUCUCGAAAGCCAGUCUGAUACAUUAGCAUCUCCUUGUGUGAAGGCUGAAGUCCAUGAUGCAGUAAGUUCUUGUGUGGAAGCACAGUCACUGCAUUCUGUUACAAAAAAAGUAACGAUCUCAGAACCUACGCCAGUUUAUAAAAAGAUCCACCACAUUUUGUUGAAGCAGCCUCAGGAAACUCUUAGGCCCCAAGUUUAUCGUGGGAGGUCUCCAAGUCCGAUGUGGAAUCCAGGUUCUACUUCAUAUGCAGACAUACUGCGUGGUCGACAGGUUUCAGAAGGACAUGAAGAAACACUAGCAGUGACUGACCAUCGUGAAAUUGGUAUUCCCAUAACAGAAAAAAAUGAUGUUCAUGAGAGGAAGGUGCAAGAAACACAUGGAGAUAAAUAUCAGUACCAGCAGGAAGAUUGGAGCUCACCAGAUUCACCCAAGGCAAUUGCAAGCUUCCAGCAGAUGGAAGAAGUUUAUGUUCCACCUGUGGAUGAAUGCCCUAUACAGAAUGUAGACACUUACAAAAUUGAUCAGACAUCAAGAAGAAGAGAGAGAGUAGAAAAUGUUACAACCAGUGAUAUAGUUGACUCUGAAACAUUCCUUCAAGAAGAGGUGAUCUCGUCUGUUCAUGAUCAUGACGGCGGUGUGGCCGUGCCUCCAGGUAUGUUUGAGUACAUUCAGCAGCCCCCACCCGAUCUAGUGGGCUUCAUUGCUUCAGGUCAACAACUUCUCAAUUCUGGUCUGGGAACAUACCACACAUCUCAUCAAUAUGUAAUGAGUCAUGAUGGAGACCAGUCACUGGUUUAUCCUGUCACUGUCACUGCGACACAGCAACCUGAUAGCCAGUAUGAAACACUUUCACUGGAUUCCAGUCAUUAUGUCCAGCCUUCUGUCGAAUCAGUUGCUCCUUACACAGCUCCAGUUCUUCAGGACUUUGUACCACAGCAGUAUGAUUUACUACAGCAGGCUGUGCUUUCUGAUCAGGAUGUAGCAUCAUCUCCUGAAGUAACUCCUGUACAUGAUACUAAACAAUCAAAGAAGGUCAGAUUGGGUCAUCAUACUCAGACUGAAAUGACAACUUUAAUCAGCACAGCAGUAGAAGAUGACGAGAUGAAGACUGUGACUAUACAUCAAAUUGAAAGUGACCAUCAGACGGAAAGUACUGAUGGUGCAGAGACUGAAGGGGAUAAGUGCCAGUUGUCAUAUGCUCAAAUUUUAGCUCAAGGAUUAUGUGCAAAACCACUCCAGCCAUCCAGUCGGGCAGUUAAUUUGUCUAUGAAGAGAAACGAUCGAUCGCAAUCACCACGACCAACUUCUCCAACAAGCAGUUACUCUCGAGAAUGGUCUGCUUCUCCUUCCCGUGACAUUCCGUCCACAGUAAGAGAAGAGGCAACAAAAUCUGUUUUAGCUACUGAUACAACAACUAUUCCAAAAUUGGAAAACAGAGCUUUAAAGAAAAAGAAAGACAACAAAAUGAAGAAGGAAGGUGAUGGUUCAACCCACGUUUCCAGCUCACCAUCAGGUGACCAAGAAAAACGUAAAUGUGGGAAGAUCAAACAGAAGAAGAAACAGACAGUGUCUACCAGUUUUGAAUUUAAUGGGAAGCAGGAUCCUAUCAAUAAGAAUAAAGAAGAACACGUUCCAGUUGUUGAGACGGAAGCUACAGGUGUUGCCAGUAGUGGAGAGCCCCUUACAAUCACAUUUUAUACUACAUCUGUAGCUGACAACAGCUUGGCUUCGGUCAAGGAUAGGAAAGGUGGACACAAGAAAUCAAAACCAUUAGAUGAUGGCAAGAAACAGAUUACAGACAGUAAACCUGUUUCACAAAUAUCCCUGCAAAAUAAUGAAAUCAUGGAAAUUAAAGAGAGUAAUGCAGCAGAAGCAGCAGUACAAGAAACAUUGCAUAUUACUGAUGAUAAAUUAGGUACAACAAUAGAUCAAGAAAAGAAGAAACAGCAGAAGAGGAAGAAGAAGAAGAAACUGGUAAAACAUACUACUGAUGAUGAAGUAGAGAGAGCAUUAAAAGAGAUUGCGAUGAUGGAAAUGAUCUUUGAUAAACAAAAAAGUAAGAACAUUGAAUUAACUCAGGAACCGAAGAUAGAAGUGAUGAAACAAGAAAAGGAAAGUAAGAAAUCUAAAAAGACCAAGAGUCUUGCUUAUACAGAUAAUGCAAAUGAAUUAAUUCAUGAGGCAGAGCCCAAGCAAGUGGCAGUAGUGGCUUCAUCUGUUGAAACUGCCACAGCAAUUGAGGGCACCAAUAGUCAGAGUAUUACUGUGCUACAAGAAACACAGGAUAAAAAUCCAGAAAUUUCUCAUGGUGCGGCUAGUAAGCAGGGAAAUGAAAACAAUGAUAUUCUCAAAGGUGAGCAGUCAAGGAAGAAAAAGAAACGUGGAAAGAAGCCAGUGUGUGAUACUAGUCAACCGAUAAAAGAACAUGAAAUGCGGAACAGUUCUGAGAGUGAGACGAUUAACGUGGAAUGUGAAACAGGCAUCAACAACAGACAAAAUAUAUUGCUUACACAGAAAUUGGAACCAUUUGCAGAGAAACAGCUUGAAGUUCCAGAAACAACAAACAUAGUUGAAGCAGCACCUGUACAUCUGGAGCAAGAAGUUGCAGAACAUUUGCAAGAUGGAAGUACCAGAGCAGUGUGUAAAAAUGGCAGAACUCCGCCGUUUGAUUAUUUUGAGGUUCCCAACCAAGAAUCAUGUGUACGUCCACCAGAUCUGUUAGCUGAUAUCAGACAUGAAACUGAAUUUCUGAAAACCAGUGAAUUUGAAUCGGAAGUUUGUUCUGUAGUUCCAAGAGAUGCAGACUGUAAAGUGAAGGAAACUGAACACAAUAUAACAAAUAAAGAUGAAUUGGGAGAGACAUCAUCAUGUCUUUUAAGUAGAGGGAAAAGGCACAAUAAAAAACAGAAAAAUGCUGCAAAACAGCCUCAAAAAGAAACAAAUAAAAAUGAUACAACAACAUUUAUGAUUGAGAAAUCUCAUACUAAAAUAGGCUCUAUUCCUCUUGAAGAGCAUCAUACAUCAGAAAUUACGUAUUCUAAUCUAUCACCUAUUACAGUGGAAGAUAAGGCUAGUGAUUCACAGAAAGACAAAAUUUAUGAACAGGUGAAAAAUGCAAGUGGGCCAGAGGUAGGGGCCAAGUCACCAAUUAAAGGGAACAAAAUGAGGGGAGGUGCAAAGAAGGGAAUAGCUGAACAGUGCGAAGCUUCUCAGCACCCCGAACGACAACCUACAGGAAGUUCUUCAACUUCAGGAUUAGGCAGACUUGGAAUUGAAGAUGAUGCAACCAGUGAUGACAUUUCAGUAAAGAAAUCAACUGAUGUCACUGAUUUGAGCAAUACAGAAACUUUGCUUAGCACCAUUGUAAAUGGAAUCCAAGACAGAGAUGCAAGUAAAAUUAAAAGAAAUCCCAAGAAAUCUAGGAAAGGUAAACAACCAAAAAUUGAAGAUAAAUCCAAGCCAGUAACAGAGAAGCAAUAUUUAGUGGAAGAAAAACCUGUUACUAAUGAACAUGAAAAGAAUUGUGAACAAGUACUGCAAGAAAUAUGUGCCAAGUCUGCAGAGUUGUUGCCAGCAGAAGAUAAAACUGGUGCAUCAGAUCUUAGAGUAGGCAAUGCAGAAGUAGUAACAUCUGAUCUGACAACGAAAGGGAAAUCUAAAAAGUCAAGGAAAUUGAAAUCUACAACCUUGAAAGACACUAAGGAACACAGUAAGGGUAGGAAGGAUGCCAAUCAAGAUCAAGCUGUCAACACAUUUCUUACAGGAACUGUAACUGUGACAAUAAUGGAUGAAAUUGAUUCAGAACUGCCGUCUGGCAAAGGAAAGCAAAGUUUCAAGAAAUCUGAGAAACAUAAAGUAACUGAAUUUAUGCAGAACAAAGCCAGUGUGCUUGCAGAGGAUGCUAGAAUGGAUACUAAUGGAAUUAAAGACAAGGGAAUUGAUAAGGUUGAUACAGUUGUGCUUCCUGAAGGCAGUGUUACUAAUAAGGACAAUAUUCAUACUUUCAGACAGCUUGAACAAACUGUAACAAAAAGUAGGAAAAGCAACAAAAAGAGUAAGAAAUUAAAGUCUGAAGAUGGAAAGGAUGAACAUUUAUUAAAUUGUGUACAGCGAGAUGCGCUAGUGAUUAAGAAUGAAGACGUACCCGUACUUGAUACCAAAACUGAGACUGAAGCUCAUAUAUGUGCAUCAUUUGAGAAACAGUUUCCUUUCAUUUCUGAGGGUGUUGAAGAUCAAGGUACUUAUCAGUGCAUGGAACAGGCACAGACAACUUCACCUAUGUUGCCUGAAGAAGAGAAAGCAUAUAAUGAAGGGCCUGUGAAAUCUGAAGAAAAUAAAGAUGUGAAAUGUGCUUUUGUGCCUGAAACAUCUGUACUUGAGUAUGAAGUACUUAAGAAUAAUAAUGAAAAUCCUCAUGAGCAGGACACAAAGAUGUUUAUCUCAACACCAUCUCAGAAAGAACUGACAGUUGUGAAAGAUGAGAAAUUUGAAAGUGGGAGAGGUGAAACUGAUCAUAUGUCUGAGCUUGAACACAGAGAAGUGCAUGGCAAUACUGAUGAAAACCUUGAAAGUCAAAAUAUUGAUGAAACCAACAUAAUUGCAAUGUCAGAUCAGAAGGAUUUGUUUGACAAAACUGAUGAAAUACAAGAAGGUGAAAGAGAAGACCGGAUAUCACUUGAAGAGACUUUGCUUUUGGAUACUGUUCCUAAGUUGAAAAGACGUGAUACAAAAAAGAAAGUAAGACGUACUACAAAUGUGCAGCCAGCUGACCAAGUGAAUAUCCCUCAAAAAGGUGAUAGUGAAACUGGAAAUGUUAGUUCUACUCCACCAUUAUCAUCACCUGAAAAUAAACAAAUUCCUGUAACUUCUUCAGUCACACAUGGAACGUCACAAGUGACAGAAAAUCAUGAAGAUAUAUUUUUUAUACCACAGCAGAUAAAAGAAUCAUCAGUACUACAUAAUCUGUCAAGUGAAGAUAGUUUUACUUUCAAACAAUCAGUCAUUUGUGACUUACAUAGUCCUUCAGUAUCAGAUAUAUCACAUGUAGUACAAGACACCAAUGAGAGCCAAGGUGAUGAUACACCAUUAAUUCCAUCCCCAGUUUCUUUACCUUGCUUACAAGUUACAUUACCAAAAUCUCCAACAUCGUUUAGUUCUGAUUCUUCAUUGGUACAAGAAAGUGUGGGACCACAGAAAGAAAAUAUAGUCAUGGAACUACCUGUAGCUGAGAAUGCAGGAAUUUUUGGUUCUGUCAAGGAAAGAACAAGGAAACCUCGAAAGAUCAUAGACACUAUGACAGCAGAUGAAAAGGCUGUAGAAUCAACAGAAAUAUUUUCCCCCAGUGUACAAGAAAAGAAGAGAAAACCUCAUAAACUACCAGCAAAAGAUGAUAUUAAAAUAAUUGGUGGAAAACUCAAAUUGGAAGAAGAACCCAAAGAUUUUGAGGAGCAUGAAGAAUAUACAUUGAUGAAAGAUAAGAUGAAAAAGAAGAAGAAGCGGCCAAGGAUACCAGCUGAAUUUAGAAGUCUUCAAACUAAAGUAGAAAAUGUUGUACCAGAUGAGAGUGUUGAGUCAAAACUGGAAACAGUACCACUCUUCACAAAAGUAGACUCUUUAGAGUUGCAGGAUAUCACAAAGAGUGAUAUAACAAUUGAAAGUAACAUGGCAUCAGCAUAUUUACCACCAUUAUCACCAGUCAACGUGAUGAUUAAGGAACAAGUGGAACCUGAAAAACCUUGUGUGAUAGGGGAUGAAAGUCUUAUAAAUUCUGAAAUGAAGCCAAUUUUGCAAGAUGAAGCACCAAUAAGUGUAUCAAAAGAAAAACCUGGUACUUUGGUGAGUUCAACUAAAACCAGUGUGGAUUUACAAGAAGCACAAUUAACAAAUAUUCAUCAAGAAGUGAGAUAUUACCCACCAUAUGUGAUGAAAUCAGAUGAAUUUAGUGACUCUUGGAUGAGUGCUUUGGACGAACCAAAUGUGUUUGGUGGUUGUGACAAAGAGUGCGAUGAAAAUAACAUUGCGCCUUCUCCUUCUGCAAGAAACAUUGAAACAGAUGAUGCACUCACUAAAAUUCAAGAAGCUGUAAUUGCUGCAGUUGAAAGUGUUUGUGAUGUGCUUUCUGAAUCUGAUCUAAAGGCUAAAACGAUCACUACCGUUACAAACGAUAUGCUUUCUGAACUUGGGCUGGGGAAUGAAACAGUCAUUGCAGUUGAAAAUGAUGUGCAUUCUGAACUUUGUCUGAAGACUGAAACUGUCACUACAUUUGAAAAUGAUGUGAAUUUUGACUCUUCACUGAAGACUGAAGCAGUCACUACAGUUGUUAAUGAUGCACUUUCUGAACCUGGUCUGAAUUCUGAAACAAACAUUACAAUUGCAAAUGCUGUGCAUUCUGAAACUGACGUGGAAACUGAAACAGUCGGUACAGUUACGAAUGAUUUACUUUUUGAACCUGAACAGAGGACUGAAACAAUGACAGUUGCUGAAAAUUAUGUGCAUUUUGAACCUGGCCUGGAAACUGAAACUACCACUGUAGUAGAAGUAGAACCUCUUGUUCAACCAAGUGAAUCAUUGAUUGACAAUGCUAGUGCUUCAGCCAAGUUUGUAGUUGAAACAUUUUCUGAGGAGCAGAAUGCAGAAAAGAAAUCCAUAAUGCUGGCAACUGACUAUUUUGCCGAUGGUUCAUUGGCUGGUUUAGAAGCACCAGAAGUGUUUGAAAAUGAUGCAGAAAAGGGGUUUGAUACUCAAACAGAAGAGUCACAAAUUGUACUACAGAAACCAUCUUCGCACGAUAAGGAAGGGUUAGAAAAUUUGAAUAUGCCAGUUGCAGAACCCACUACCAGAGGUGUCUGUCACAGUCCCUUUACUGCAGAGCUCAUUGUACAGGAGGCCAAACCAUGUUAUUAUCUGUACAGAGAUGCUGAAAUGUACUGGCAGGAAAAAGUAGCACAAGAACUGAAGAAAAUUUCAUUUACUUUUCCAAAGAGUGAGGAAAAACAAGGGCUGAAACUUUCAUUAGGGAAGCCGGUAGAAAGUAAAGCAGAACUUUCUGUCACAGUGACGGAGAAACCCAAGUUAGAGGUACUAUUGGAUCAAAGCCAUACAAAUGGACAGAAUUUUGAAGUUCCAACAUAUGACAUUCAUAUUUUACUUGAUGCUGAAAGAAGGUGGCAUGAACGGAAGACAUUAGGUUUGCUGAGAGAUGAGGAAACAAUGCCAGAAAAACCAGAAACUACUUUUUCUCCUACAGAGAAUGAGGUAACAGAAUUUACCAAAGAACAUUCUGUUCAAAUAGAAGUAAUAAAUCCUGAGAGCCGUAUUCAGAGCAUAAAAGAAAGUACAUUACCUGAAACUAUCAUGAACAUUUCAUUAAAAUGUGAAGAAGAAGAAGAAGCAGAGAUCUUUGGAAAUAAUUCUAUGUUAUUGGACAGAAACAUACCAUCCUCUGAAAAUAUUGCAGAAGUAACAGGGGGUUUCGAAGAACAAUUUACUAGUGCACAGUGUCAAACUUUAGGAUUACAAGGAAGCACUAUAACAGCAGAGGACAGGGACACAAAACUCAGCAUUCUGGAGAGAGAUGAAUUACAUCUGAAACCUGUUAAAGGCAUUGAACUCUCAAAUGGAUGUGAGAAGGAGAAACAUGAACCAGUUAUUAAUUUAUAUGAAGAAGUAGUGUGGUUAGAUUCUUCUAAAUUUCUUGAUGCUGAAAGAAAAUGGAGAGAACUUAACAGUGAAGUUUUGCCAAGAGAAAUGUUACAUGAAGAGGAGAUUCAAGGAAUAGGAACAGUAGACAUAGCAAAUUUCCAGGAACCAGUAAGUGGUGGGGGAAUUUCAAAUGCAGAAUUACCUAAACAACAAGAGAUAGAAGUAAUGGACAUCAAAAUGGAUGUAGGUGAUACAGCGAAACUUCAAGAACUGACAGACAGUAUUCCCCCAUUGCAAGAUGCCUUUCAGGAGCUAGAACUGAAAUCAGGUUCUGAUCUGAUUAAAGAUGAAACAAAAUUGAUUUGUCACCAAGAUCACAGUGCAGGAGAAUCUUAUUGUCAUUAUGAUGUACUUGGGAUUCGUGAUGCAGAAAGGCAAUAUCAGGAACAAGUGGCAUUCUGUAAACAGAUCAUAAUUGGGAACUUCUCAGAUAUUGUAACACCUAAAGAGGCAGGUGGUUUGGUUCAAGGUUUUCAGGAAGUUCAGUUCAAAGAAAAUGAUAUAAUAAAUGAGGGAGGGCCGGCAGGUCGUGGUGCUGAAAAUUCUUACUGUCAGUAUGAUGUAUUUGGACUUCAUGAUGCAGAGAGUCAAUAUCAAGAACAAGUUGCUCUAAAGAAAUCUACAGAGACAGAAUCUCAUACAUUGGCAGAUAUUGUAACACCCGUAGUAGCAAAUAAUUUGGGAAUGUUGGAUGUUGAAGUUCAAAAUUGUGAAAAGAAAGAUGAAAUUAUCUUGGAGACUGAGUCUACAAGUGGAACUGUGAAAACUUGGGCUACUGUAGUGGCAUCUAAGAAGUACGAUUCUGUACAAGAUACAAAUUAUGAAGAAAAACCAUGUGAGAUUGUGAUUGUAAAUAAAGAUUCUGUAAAUGAGUUUAGUGAUUUGCAAGAGUCUUCACAGCCUUCAGUGCGUAUAUAUGUUGAAGCUGAAAAAGAUGAUUCUAAUGUGCCUUUGGUUGAAAUCGAUCCAGAGGGAUUCAUGGAAUUUGUGCCAAAGAGGGAAAUGAGAAAACGUAAAUCACGAUCUCGAUCCAGAUCUCGUUGCAGGGAUAGUGUAGCUUCUGAGAAACCACAAGAAGCAGUGGCAAAUAUCAUUGGUGUUGAAAAAGAGGAAAUUGAUGCUCAAAUAGAAGAAAAUGUUUUGAGUUCAGUUGUGUCUGAGUCUUCAGGAAGGUUUUCUGUACCUUUUGCAGUUGAUACUAAAUGUAAAAUAGAUGGUGAUGUCAGGCUUCAGACUGGAAGGGAAGAUAAACCAAGCUCUGUUUUGACACAACUAAAAUCUUGUGAGGAUGUACAAAAAUCAAUUAGGAAAUCUGAAUUGGAUGAAAGUAUGAAUGAAAAGAAGAGACAACAAAGGCCUGAGAAGUCUCCAGCACUAAGAAUACCUCGUGACAGGAAGAGGAAGAAGCCCGUUUCUGAGGGUGAACGAGAAGUGGAAAGCAUUUUGCAUUCUCUUGUAAGUGAGGAAGUACUUCAGCAUAACUUGUCAUUAGAUAGAGCAUUCUGGCCAGACAAAUGGCAGUGUAAUGAUGCUGAAUGUCAGUGGCAGGAAACAAUAGCACAGUCUCAGAAGAAGCCUGUGUCAACCACUCCCUCAUCAGAAGUCAAAUCGGAUAAGACACAUGAUCGCAAAGAUGAUUCUGAUGGUGGAAAUAGUGGACACAGUUCUCCAGGACCACAUGCCCCAAAGGGGGGUGGUGGUGAUGGAGGAGGAUUAGGUCCAUCUGGUGCUACAACAGAACAGCUAAGUGCUGAUUUGCCUGGUGGAAUUUGCAGUUGGCCAGAUGAGAGUACUUACCUGGCUGGCCCUGAUAUGAUUGUUGUCUACCCAAAUCGGCUAAAUACAAAUGAAGAUGAAGCAUUGUUAGCAGCUGAAGAGGAACAUACAUCCCGCCUGGCACGUAGAGUAGCUGAAGAAGUCUUCGCAGAUUUGGAUGAUGAGCAAGAACCUGAGUUUCUCUUCUAUCCUUCCUCUCAUACUACCCAGGAAGUCCAACCUAGCUGCAGGAAGGAUGACAUCACUGCUUUCUUCGUGAUGCAGAUGAAGGCAUCUUUGACAUCGGAUGUGGUUGCUCUUCAACAGUUUGUGGACAAGUCAGAAGUUGAACUCGGUAGCUUACCUGCAGUUAAUUUAACAAGCAUGUUGGAUGCCUUACUGAAAUUGUUGGAUGAUCUACGACUGAAAGAACAGGAAGCCAUGAAACUUGAAGGUGUCUUAAGGGAUCUGCCACUAGAUGCAGAAAAACAGUCCCUUGAGGCAAAUCUUGCUGGGGUGCAAACUCGAAUUGUCACAUUAAUGUCUCAAAUAGAGCAAGGCAAGACUACAGUUGAGAUGGCACAGGCAGUUCAAGAAAAACGUCUCCAAGAAGUAAUGCAGUACGAGACAUUAUUAACUGAUUUGGAGCAAUGGCUUAUUACUGUCAAAGCUAGCUUUAGUACUGACAUUCAACCAACAUCACCACAGGCCAUAAAAGAUAAGCUUCUUUCUUAUGAGAAACUUUCUGCUGAGCUGGACCUGAAAGAAACCCAUCUAUUACAGUUGGCCAGGCACUGUGAAGGUCUUCAGGGUUACUCUGAUAUACAACAAUUAGCUGUAGCAUUGUCACAACAUAUGAAACCUGUGCAGGAAGCUAUUCAUGACGCAGCAGAGGAAUUAAAGAUCCGUCAUGACGUGCUGCAGGAGUUGUUAAUCACUGAAGAAUCAAAAGAGAAGCACCCUCCUCAAGUGAAGCAACAAGAAACCAUGGUAUCUUCAGUUGAGCUUGUGCCACCAGUUGCACCAUCCCUUCCCACAGUUGAACCCAAGACUGUUCCCGAUGUUGUUGAUGAAGGUUUUUAUAUGGUCUCACAUCCUCAGACUCCAGUAGCAGUAAUUCCUGUAAAUUAUCUUUUCACUCAAGAUAAACCCAUUUGUGUUGAAGCAACUGCAGAAACUGUAUCCAUCAGAGAAAGUCAAGAACAUCUGCCUGGUGAGGAGACAGACGUAUCUGUAGCAAGCCCUAUUGUUUCUCAGCAUGAGCCAUUAUCAGAAGAUACAUUAGCAUCUGAUGGAUCACUGAUCCUUGAUGAGGAAGCCCCAGUUGAAAAUUAUGCUGCUGUAGAGUUUGUAUUGAAACAGGAAGCAGGUGGUGUUGAGGUUGGUUCUCAGACUGGCAACAGUUUGCUUCUUGACCAACCAAAGAUGGAAACAUUGGAGUCUUCAGUACCAGCUGUAGCAAGAAAAGAUGUGGGAAUUAUAUGCCAUCCACCUGUUGAUACAGAAGUACAAACAGAGUUUUCUUCACAGUCUGUAAGUGAAGUUGUACCAUCAGCAGCUAAGGAAGAAGUUCCAGCAGAGGCUGCAGUUCAAACUGUAGGACACAUGUGGACUUCUCCAGUCAUUGAAAUGCAGAAAAAUAUGAUCCAUGUUUUUAAAAAGAUAACAGGGGAUGAAGAAAGUAUUGAAAUUGCAACAAAGACCGGUAUUGAAGGUGGAGGAAAUCUUGUGGCUCCCACAGAACCAGAGGAGAAGCAUGUAGACACAGGCGAUGAGUUGUUAGUAGAGGUAAAAUACAAAGGAAAAGGACAAGAAGAUAACCAGGCUGAGACUAGAAUGUCUGAACUGAACAUAGUUCACACAGCACCACAGUCGUUUGAAACUGUUCUAAUUGAUCCUGAUGAAAGUACAACUGAAGUAAUUGUUGAUAAGGAUGGAAAUCAAAAAAUUAUUGUUCGCAAAGUGCGGCACACUGUGAUAUCCCAACAGCAGCAACAACAACACACAGUACAACAGAGGUUUCAAACAUUUACAACUUCAGAUAUUGGUAGUGAAUGUGCUGAAAUCCCUGAAACACAGUCUGUUGCAUUCUCUCAAGUGACUUUGCAAGGACAAGAAAGUACUGUGUCAGAAAGCCAAGGAGAUGGAAAGCUGCAUGUUACCACCACUAAGUCAUAUACAGGAAAAGUAGCAGCUGGUAUUCCAGGGGGUGAUCUCACCUUCUCUGAGUUCUCCACUGAACCUCAGCAUCAGACCGUUACAUACCACACAGUCUCAGGAGAAGAAUGUCUUCCAGCAUCUGCUUUUCUAAGGGGAAUAGGUGUUCAAGAAAUUAGUGGUGAUAAUUAUGUGGUAGUUGAACCUGAGGAUGUUGUUAAAUCACAACCAGAAGAACAAGGUGCUGCUGGAGACCAGCUAAUUGUUACCAGAAGAGUUCGUAGAAUUCGAAGAGUUGUCCGAAAGGUUGUUGUUAUUGAUGGGAAGGAGCAUGUGACUGAAGAGGUAGUGGAAGAGCCAGAGGAAGUGGAAGUGACCGAAGAUAUUCCAAGAGUGACAGUUGAGAUUUCUAGAACAGGGGAUGUUGAUAUUGGUCAGCAGAUAUCGUACCAUGAUCUCCAAACAGGGUACCAGCUGUUCAGUUCUGGAGAUAAACCAGUUCAAGUAGAUCCUGGUUUUGUUCCAGGAAUGUCACAUAUUUUACCUCUUCAAGAAGGCUUAGACACCUCUGGCAAUGUUACUGUAGAAGGAAAACCGAUAAAUGAAACUCAAGAUGUUCUUGUGGUAGAAAAAUAUGAGCCAUCUCAGUUGCAAGAUGAACAUUCAGAAGUUAUCAUGGAUGUUCAGACACCAUUGGAAAAGCAGGAGCACAUUCAAGGACAGCUGACAUUGACUGCACCAGGAUCACUACAUGAAGAGAAGCAGGUGACGGCAGAGAAAACUGAAGUUGGUAGGCUGUUUGUAGACAAGCCUGAGGAAGUCGUAGUGCUAGGAACUCAUGAUGCUAAGACAGUGCUAGCUAUAAAUCGGGAACUGGAAGAUGAGGGUGAUAGAAAGUUGCAAGAUGGAAGUGAAUCACCACUUUUACAUGAUACACAGGUGGUGGUAGAAGAUAAAAUUAUGCCCGAAACCAGUGUUGAGCGCACACAUCUACAGGAAUUUAAUGAUAAUCUUGCUGCUUCUGAAUUUAACAAAGAAAAUGCAGUAAUAGCUGGGGAAAAAUUACCAGUGGAAGAGGAAAUAUUUGGUGAUGUUACAUCCAGUACUUACAAGCAAGAUGAGUUGCAAAUUGUGACAGGCACUGAAGAAAUUAUUUCAAAUACACCUUCAGUAUUUGAUACAGUUGGCAUGAAAAUAGUAGAAGUUAAGCCAAAGACAGAGUUACAGUCUGGAUUGUCAAGGCUUAAACCUGUAGCAGAUUCUGAUAUACAGCAUGCGGAGGAACAAGGCUCUGGGAGACAACUUGAAGAACCAGAGUCUCCAUGUCUAGUCCAUUAUGAGGCUACAGUAACUGGCGUUGAAACUGUGACUCAAAUUCCAACUGAAGAAAGUUCUGACAUGUCACCUGCUAUGGAAAGCUACGUUUUACCUGAACCGAAAGAAACACGACCAACAGAGGAGUCAGAACCAAAGAAAGCAGUGAUUGAACUGCAGGAUCAGUAUAUACCAGUUAACUUACCAGUACCACAGAAAUAUUUUGAUCUACAGACCCAAGAUACAACCACAGGUGACAAUGUAGAUGAAGAGACAGCAAAGGGUAGUGAAUUAUCAGAACAUAAUGGAACUGUGCAUAAAGUUACUUCUGAGGUUGAUGUAGAGUCUCAAAGUACAGAUAAACCACACUCAACUGUAGAAGACACAGUUACAACAGUUUCACAGCCAGAACUCUCAAGAGUUAUUGACGUGAGAACGUCUGAAGUACCUGAAGAUGAAGAUUUUACUCCAGGCGUUGUGGUUAAGCCAGUAACACAACUUCCCAGGCCAAAUGAAUUUCAACAAACUGUCAAGAAACCAGAUGGCAGCAUAUGUCAAGAUGUUACAUCACAAACAUCUCCAGAACAAGGUGUUAAAACAAUUGAGUUUAUCUUAUCUGUUGAAGAGAAAGGUAAACCCUUUCUGCAAGAAACUUCAGACAUGGCUCCCAAAGUAUCAGCAGUUGUUAAAAUUGAGGAGAAAGGACUUGGAGAAUCAUCAGAAGACAAGAGGGAUGAACUCUCUUCAGUUACAUUAUCUCAGUAUGAGAUUGUUAAAGAGGACUUUGCUAUUCAGUUACCUGGUGCAAAAACAAUGUCACACACUGUAACCGAAGAAGUUUUUACAAGUGCCAGACCUUUACUUACAUCAUUGAAGACUGAAAGUGAACCAAAGGAAGAAACAUCUUCAAAGAGUGAAGCAGAAAGUAGUACAUCUAAGAAAAGCAGGAAGAGAAAGAAGCAUAAAGGUAAAGGACGUGGAGAAAGUUCACAUGAGGUUGAUGAUAAUGAACAAGUAAAAGCAUCAGAAGAAAUUUCUGAGGUCAUCAGUCAUGUUAUUACAUUGGACACACAUGAAGGUCAAGUGUCAGUUGAAACAUCCCUUGCAGAAUCUACAGAUAUUAUUAUACCAGGAUCACCAGCAUCAACCUCAUCUGACACGACUAAACCAACAGAGCAGGAGAUUGAAAUGUUUGAAACACCCAUUUCCCCACACUCACCAAGAGACAGUGAAAGGACACAUGAUACAGGGUAUGAUCCUGAAGACAAAACAACAUUGGAUGAAACAUCAAUAAUAGAGGAAAAUGAUAAGCAAAGGAACAAGAGGAAGAAGAAAAAGAAACAGAAGAUAGUGAAAGAAUCUAAAGAUUCAUCUAGUAUAAUCCCUAAGUCAAGCAUAGAUCUAGUAGCAAAUCAGACAGCAGACUCAUCUGAUCUUAGUAGUAUUGAAAAGCAUGAUGUUGAGCCAUCUAAGGAGAUGGAAAGAGAGGUACAUGUUCCUGAGUCAUAUGAAGUAAGUACAGCAAUCAGUGAUAGCACUGCAGAGAAAUUGACAUCAGAUGGUGUACCCAUUGACAGGAAGGGGAGAAAAAGAAAGAAAGCUAAAAGUGAGCCAGAAAAUGCUUUUGAAUUCAGGGAAUCAGACGUAGCCUUGAGUCUGCAAAUUGCAGAUGCUCGUAGCCCUGCAUAUACUGACGAAACACACAAAGAACUGGUUGACAGUGUUAAAAUAAUGGAAGAAGGUGUUCCAACACGACCACCAAGUGAGGCCGUUGACGUAUUAAGUGAUUCUCAUACUAAGGCUGUUCAAGUUUUGGAGCUGGAACAUGUACAAGAACAGUUUACUCAAACAGUCACCCCAGAUGUUUCAAAAUCUCCAGACACUGUUAUGAUUAAAUCUUCUAUUCAAACUAUCAAAGAAGAAGUACCAGUCACACAAGAGGAAAGUGUGCAGACUGUGACUCCUGAGAUUCCUGUAUUAGAGAAAACUGAAACUACGGAUAUUUCUGUUCAGACAUGGAAGGAAGAUCUUGUAUUCACACAUGAAGAAUCUGCACAGACCAAAACACCAGAAUUAGUAGAAGGAGAAGCUGUCUUAAUGACUGAAACAUCUAUCCAGACAUCAGAGAUGGAACUGUUUCCUACUCAUAAGGAAGCUGUUCAGACUUUGACUUCGGAACCCAUAUGGCUAGUACCUGGUGGUACUGUGGAUUCAUCCAUUCAAAACAAGACUGAAGAAACUACACCAAUACAGGAGGGUGUAAUGCAGACACUGACACCAGAAGUUCCUGUUGCAGAUACAAAGGAUACAUCCAUACAGACAUUGAAAGAAGAAUUGACACCUGUGCAUGAAGAAUCAGUGCAGACUGUAACACCAGAACCAGCAGAAAUCCCAGAAACACUGAAAUUGGAGAUUUCAAAGGAAGAGAUUAAUCCAGUAUGUGAAGAAUCAGCCCAAACUGCUACUCCUGAAAGACCAUCUGCAACUUUUGAGAUGCUCAGCCAGAAAAUGAAAGUAGAUUUGCCACAAACUCAAGAGGGCAUAACACAAACAGUUUUUUCACCUGAAGUUUCUGAAAUAGCUCGGGUUCCCGUGUUUGAAACUUCUGUUCAGACUACCAAGGAAGAUAUAAUUCCAGUUGUAGAUAAAUAUUCUCAGACUGUGUUACCUGGAGUGCCACAAAUUGAGAAAACUGAGUUAACAGAAAUCUUAGCUCAGACCACAAAAGCUUUAGUUCCAUCUAGACAGGAGGAAUAUGCUCAGACUUCAUCACCUGAAGAAACAUUCAUUCAAGCACCAAAGGAAGAGAUACCUACAGUAGAACAGUACUCAGAGACAAUUACUGUGGUAGAUUCUUCCAUUCAGACAAAGGACAACAAAGUUGCUCCUAUUUCGGAGGAAUUUUCACAAACACUACCACUAGGUUUAUCAGAUCCAGAAGAUGACUCAGUUUUGGAGCCAAAGAGGACAGACAUUAUAGGUACUGGUCACCCUGGAGAGGAUGAUAAACCUGUACGAGACCUUCCUGAAACAACUUUGUCCCAUGUACUCUUUAUUCCUGUAGAUAAAAAAGUUGAGACUGCGGAAACAUCUAUCCAGACUAAACCUGUUUUUGUGAAAGAAUAUGGAGAUGAGAGGUCCCAAUCUUCAUCUUCAGAGGAGCCAUAUGAAAUCCAUGUCCAGACUUCAGUUUCAUUUAUUCCAUCUUUGGAAUCUGGUGACAUUUGGAGAUCAAACUGUGACAUAAAUACUGGAGGAGCCUCUGAAGACAGAAAACCCCGAACCCCAGGUGAUGGCUUUGUAUCAUCUGUAUGUGAUAUCAAACAAGAUAGGAAUGUCUGUACUACAACAGAAAUACCAUUGAUUCCUGAUGAUGUGAAAUCAGAACAAGUCGCAACAAAUGUAUUUAAUAUCCCUGGAAUGAAAGUGGAACCAAUCACUGACCUUUCAAUUGAAAGUGAAGAGAAUAUCGAACCUAGUACUUCAUCAGAUUUGCCUCGAAUAGAACCUAAGGAAGAUGGAAAGAAAGUUAUGCAUGAUUUCCUUUCCUCAGAAAUAGGAACAGCUCUGAAAGAAAGAGGAAGCACACAACAAGCAAUAAAAUGUGUUCAAGAUAAAAUUGUUCCAGAUUCUGACUUAGAAACUAAAAUUGAAGGACAGACAACAUUUAAAUACACUGAACCAGAGGAGAGAAAACUCUCAAAGGACAGAAAAUCAAAACAUAAAAAGAAACCCAAGAAAGUUCAAAUUUAUGAGAGUAGUAAUGUUCUAGAACCUGUCGCUUUAGGGUACCAGGAACAAACAUUGUCAUCAGAUAGUUUUUCUGAACCUACAGACUUGGGAGAGGCUCAUCUUAUUACAGAAGGAUCACAUAAAGUGGAUGAACCAGAAUUGAAACCAGAAAAUAUUAAAACCAAAAUUGAAUUUGAAAAGGGUCCAGUCUGGACUGAAGACAAGGUUGUAAUUCCUUCAGAGCCUGAGAUUACAUCUAAAGACAAACCUCAGCAUUCAGAACUCUGUGUAAGUAACAAGUCAAAGAAGAGUUCAAAAGUUCUAAAAUGUCCUGCAGACACUAAGUCAGUGACAGACGCAGAACUUGCUGUUGAAACACAAGCACUUGGACACGUGUCUGAUGAUGAAAUUACGCCUCAGGUCAGAGAGUCUUUUUCAGCUGUUUCUGAGCUGCCACAAAAACCUGCUGAUCAUGUGGAGACAGUAUUUUUGAUAGAAGAACGUAAAGUAUCUGGACAGCCUGUUGGAGGGGAACAUUCACCAGGGCCUUCUAUAGAACAUGAAUCAGCAAUGGCCAAAUUGUAUACACCUGACCAAGACAUGGAACCAGCAACACUUGAAAUAGAUGUAGCCACAGUUACUGAACAGUUUUUAAUAGAUUCUCACAAAUAUCCAGUAGAUACAGCAGUGGAGUCUGAUCUGACAUAUAUCAAAGAAGAAUCAGUAACAGAUUCUGGUAUUACAGAAAAAAAUGUAACACCAAUUACCACCUUAAAAGAAUCAGACCUUAUCCUACAAGAGCCCUCAAUGGAGACUCUGGAACCCCAUAUUAGUUAUUCUGAACAUGAAGUGGAACUGUCUCAAUGCAAGAUCCCUGUAAAUGUAGGAGACAUUUCAGUACAGUUGGAACCACGUCAACUGUCGGAUGUGAUCAGUAAGUCAAUGGCAGAUUCUGAUAUUACAGAAAAAAUCCAAGAUGAAUCCAUAGCAAUUCCUGGUCAAGAUCUAACACCAAUUACAACCUUGGAAGAAUCAGAGCUUUUCCUACAAGAGCCCUUAACAGACGCACAGGAUCCCAAUAUUAGUUAUUCUGAACGUGAAAUGGAAUUGUCCGAAUGCCGUGGCCCUGUAACUGCAGGAGACAUUUCAAUACAGUUAGAACCAAGUCAACCUUCAGAUGUCAUCAGUAUUCCAGUCGAGGAGUCUAUGAGAAUAAAAUGGAAGAAAGCAAAUAAUGUUUUGUUGGAACGUGUGAAAAACCUUGAAAAUGCCUGUAAAACUACUCAUAUGUCGGGAGUUUUGUAUCUGGCCUCUUUUCAGGAGGUUGUGACUGAGGAAUCAAUAGAACAAAAGAAUGUUCAUGUGCAACAUAACCUGAAACUUCUAAAGUCAGCUGUGGAAAAGAAGGAUAUUGUAGUUAUUCAGAAAACAAUCAUUACAACUGUAGAGACUAUAUCUACAUGGCUUGAGACUGUCGAAUACCUUGUGUAUCUAAACAGACAGAAAACUAAUACUUCACCAACACAGGAGCAGAUCAAGGAAUAUGGUACUCUAAAGGCGGAGAUCAUCAACAUUGAAGAAAGUGUAGACGCUCUCGAAGGUGUUCUUGAAAUGACGAGUGGAAUUUGCAAUGAAGACGAUAAAAUUUUUUUUUGUCUUGCCUCACUCCAGGCACAUGUGAAAGCCGUAGAAGAAAUUGCUCAAGAAAGUGAAGAGAAAGUUGUCAAGGAUUUGGUCUCUUGGGAAGAAUUUUUGAAUGGUGUGAACAACAUUAGUGUGAUGGUUGAACAGUUGAAACAACAGUUGGAGGAAGUUGUACAGUCAGAGAUUUCAGCUCAAUCAAAACUUCAGGAAUUAGAGAUUAUAGAAACUGUCAACUGCUGCCAUAAGUUGAAGACUUCGUGCUUACUAAGAACAGCUAGAAAACUGGUUAGGGACUUCCCAGGGAGGGAGAUUCCCCCAGAGACUUACACUGCUCAUGAAACUACUAAAGUCAUUGAGCACAGUGUUGCACUUGAGCGUGAAAGACUUCUUCAACUCUUAUCUCUUGCAGAUGAUUAUGAGCAGACUUUAAAGGAAUUUUCGCAGAUUGUAGAUGUUGCAGAUACUUUGGUUGAUAGUCCUAUAUCUGUUAUUAGUUUGGAGCAUUUGCAAGAAGAGAUGCAAAAACAUCGCAAAUUUUUUGUAAAUUUAAGCCAUUGUAGAGGAAUCUUAGAAUCUCUGGAAGGAAACUUAGACCCAGAAACACGUGCCUCACACUCCCAGCUACACCAAACCUUGCACUGUAGGGCAACUGCAAUACUAGAUAAAGCUGCAAGCCGAGCACAGCAGAUGGCUUUAGCAGCUUCACGCUGGACCGUACUGGAGCAAGGGAUGAAGGAGGAGAGGGGAUGGCUUCAGGUGGCUCACCAGAGAGUUCCAGAUCUCCAGACUGUUAACUCUUCGGACUAUGACCAGUACAUAUCCCUAUAUCAAUCAUUGUCUUCGGAUGUAGCUGUUCAUCACGCACGUAUAGUGCAGCUACUCGGCAUAGCCCACCGACUUCAGGAACUUGUUACCUGCGUAGGACUUGAAGCUAGAUAUGAUGAACAUCUGGAAGUAAUUCUAAAGCUACAAGAUGAUGUUAAUUCUAAUCUUCGGCGGCUCUUGGCAUUCAGAGAAACGUGGUCUGCGUAUGACCUUAUGAUUGAUAAGCUGGAAUAUUGGAUGGAUGGAGCUGAGAAAGAUUUGGAUAUAAUUUCAACACGGUCUGUAUCACCAGGAGGAAACACGAGACAGUUCUGGGAGCUGAAAGCUCAGUAUGAGGUGCACAAUAACAUUCAUAAUGAAGCAGGAAGUACUUUUGAGUCUGCGAUCCGGAUAAUUCCAGUCGCUGAUGAGAUGCUUCAGCGUCAGUUUUAUGCUCGGUUAGAAGACCGGUGGCAAGGCGUAGCGGGCCGCAUAAAUCAAAUUCAAACAUCGAUCAUACAAAACCUAUCUUCUCAAGAAGUACCAUUCAGUGACAAACUUUCACUUCUAGAACAAGAAUUACAGGAAGUAAAGGCUACAAUUGAUGACAUCCAUGGUGUCAUUAAGAAUGAGGAGGAACUGAAUCUUUAUAUUGAGAGAUUACAGGUUCUUCAUGAACGUGUGGAACACAUCCAAGAUGAAUUGGGUCGUCUCGGUUUGCUAUCUGCAACAGAAUCUGAGAAAGUGGGCGCACUGCUUUAUACGGCUCGACAACUGGAUGCCCAGGUGUCGGAGGAGUUGGAAGGCUCGCUAGUGCUGAGAGAAAAACUGCGGGCCAUUCAGAAGGGUUUGGCUCGCGUAAAGCGAAAUCAUGGAAGAGCGAGCUCCGUGCUUGACCAGUGUGAAGCCAGUGAGAAACUAGGCAGUGACAUUGUGGAACAAGCUGUCAUCAACUGUCAGGCUGUGGCAGAAGAAUUGGUGUCCCACUGGCAAGACUUGAUGACGUUACGUCAACUUCUGCACACUUUGCCCAUGUGUCUCCGCCUAACGGUGUCACCUGUGAAGGUAGAGCGUGAGAUCUCUCAACUACAGGAUCAGCACACUGCUCUAGAAACUCGAUGCGAGAGGUUACUGUCACUGUUGCGAGCUAGACUUGCGCUCUGGAGACGUUUUGAGCGGAAACUGGAGAUGGUGCAACAGUCCGUCCAGGAAGCUGACUAUAUGAUGGAACUGCUCACCGUCCAAGGUUCUGUGGACUACGACCGCUUGCUCAAAGCAACCGAGAGACUGGAGGGUUUGUACGGAUCUUUGGACCAGAGGGAAGACCUUCUGGAUGAGUUGAGAGCCGCUGCCGAACCAUUGACUUCCUCGUGUGAUUCUGAGGUCAGCCAGAAGAUUGAAGCUGCAGUACAAGAAGCAGUGACGGCGUGGAACGACACCUGCCAGUCCCUUCUGGAUCUGUGCAACCGGUACCAGGACGCCGUCAGAUUGUGGAAACAGUACCGAGAAGCCAGUGAAGCUGUCAAGGCCUGGGCCGAUCAGCAACUAGAUUCUGUUGCACAGUUCAAACCAGACGAAGCCCUUCAGCAAGUUAAAGUUUGUGAAGAGACAUUGGCAGCCCAUAAGUCUCGUCUGGGGGAGUUGAAAGGCCUAGUGGCGCAGAUAGCAAAAGACGUCGGUCUGGAAGCCGGUGGACUGUUGGAAGCCGAAGUGGACGCCCUGGGCAAACGCCUGGAGGAUGUCCGUGAGACGCUUGCCACACUGGCCGACGUUGCGGAGACUAAGGCAGCGAGUAAGGAUCUCUGCACCGAUGAUCUCCUGCAGACUAAAUCGUACCUGUCCUCUGUACAGCAGAGUUUGACGUCAGUGGAAGAAUCAAAUGAAAAGGAUAUAGAAAACCAGCUUGGAGCUCUGAGGAGUCAUCUUCUAACUUUGGGUAAGACCGAAGGACAACUUCAGGUCUUGAAAGAAAAGAGUAUAGAACUUGCCCCUGCAAAACCAGAAACAUCAGUUGUUGAAAUUCUGCAGUUAUGGCAACAAGUUUUCAGAGAGACAUUCCAGCAGUAUCACCGCCUGUCUGCUCGUCUCGUCAAGAGUCAGGACGGAGCUGCGGCCCUCAGGUUGUGGCAGGAGUACCUCCUCCAUGUCCAGUCAUUCCUCUCUGGAUCUAUUCCAGAGGACUACCACAGUUUAACAGAACAUCAGCAUCUGUGUGAGGUGCACCAAAAUCUCCUAACAAGUCAGCAGUCUGUACUUCUGUCUAAAAGUGAUGACCCAGAUGGUAAUUUGGGUAGAGGAUUGGUCGAGUUGUCUGUGGCCGAACAGUUUAACUCCUUGACAAAUCUGCACAAUGAGACAUUGGCACGGAUCAUGGAGCGCCACGGAGAGGUCAGAGAGCGCCUGACUUCCUGGGACCGUUACCGCCAGGAUCAAGCACGUUUGCUAUGCUGGUUACGCGAUACUGAACGGGAGCGAGGCAGACUCCAGUUACGCUACAUUCACGCCAGACGAGUUCCGAAAGUGCUUCGAAGGAUAGAGUUUCUAUUGGAUAAGGUUCCUAAUGGUGAAUCUCAAGCCGAAAGUCUUCAAGAGCAGCAAAGCAAAUUGCUUAAUUUUUGUGACGACGCCCUCGCAACUUCAAUCCGUAUGGAGCAUGCUGCCAUCACACAGAGAAUCAGCAACUUGCAGGCAGGGCUGGAAACAUGGAAGGGUUUCUUGGAAAGAGUAGCUUCGCUCACUUCUACAUUUGAAGAUCAAGUGAAUCACAUUGAAAAUGUAUUCAAAGAAAUACAUGCAGCUGUUACAGAAUCUGAUGUUCUUCCACUGUCUCGUACUGGCAUGCAAAAUAGACUGGAAAAUCUUAGGCUUUUGCGGUCUCGUUUAGUUGAACUGACUAGGGAUCUGGAGGAAUUAGGAGUAACACAGGAACAACUAAAAGAAUGUGUGAAUCCAGUGGACAUGAAAACAAUGAAUCAGAAAGUAUGGAUACUGUGGCAGGGUCAAGGAGAUCUGGAUCACCAUCUUGCUGUUCUUUGUCACCAACUUGAAGAGAAGCUGGCAAUGAGGACAAUGUUCGAUAACAGGCAGUCCAGGUUCCUUGUUUGGGUCUCUGAUGUAGAGUUAAGGGUGGAUCAAGGAAGUGCAGCGGGAGAUGCUGAGGAGGUGCUGCGUCGGCUGGAAACUGAACUUCAAUCUGAAAUUUCACUGAAGAACCGAGAAGUUGACUGGCUCCUUCACACAGGAUCAGAGCUGGCACAAGCGUGUACAGGAGAAACAGAGAUUGAGGAGAGGAAGGAAAUCGAAAGCAAAGUUCAGCAAGUUUGUGAUGUUUGGGAUCAAUUGCAGAACCUGAGGAAGUCUAGAGCAAACAAACUUCAUGAUAUCCUUCAGACGAUGUCACAGCUUGAAACUCGGAUAGCAGAGUUGCGGGCAUGGCUGUGUCAGGUGGAAGCUCAACUUAUUAAACCACUUGUGUUUGAAGCCUGUUCUAAAGAAGUUGUUGAGUCAAGAAUACAAGAACAUGAGGAACUGCAGAAGACAAUUGAAAAACAGAGUGGUCAUAUUGCAGAUGUACUGAACCUUUGUGAAUUAUUGUUGAGUGACACUGAAUCCUGUAAAACGUCUGUUAACACUGAGUCAAUCACAGUGGCGACAGAAGCACUAGAGAAGAGGUGGAAGAACGUGUGUGGACUGGCAGCAGAAAAGAGGCGUCGAAUUCUUGCCAUUUGGACACUUCUUCAAGACCUUCUCAAACAGUGCCAAGAACAUCAAGUGUGGUUAGAUUAUCAGGAACAAGUUCUCAAGGACAUUGACAGCAGAAGAGAACAAAAGUCACAAGAAGAGAUCCAAGAUCUGAUAUCAAAAGUUGAGGCCUCAUUGAAAGACAUCGAGUCUCGUGGUCCAGCGCUCCAAAUAGUGGAUCAGACAUACACAAAACUUGUAAAGGAUAGCGGACUGGAAUUGGAGAACCUGCAACAGCUAACAUCUGCCAUCCGUUCGAUGUUGCUUCGUUGGCACCAGCUGACUCCGACUGCUGUUGCCAUCAUUCAGAAACUUCAUGAGGAAUUACAGGUGUAUCGUGACUUUGUGACAGCUCAUGGGAAAGCCAUCGUGAGUCUUACACAAGUAGAUGUUCGGCUGACGCAAAUCCAGCAUUUGGCUACUCCAGAACAAGUUGCAAUGCCUAGGGAACGUUUACAGGAAAUAGAGCAACUGGAGUUGGAGCUUGAAGCAAACAGUGGUCUGCUGCGGAAUGCUGAUGAACUGGGCCUUGUGGUAAUGGAACGAAGCAGACCUGAUGAAGUGCCAGCUAUCCAAGAAAUGAUUGAUGAGUAUCAACUAUUAUGGAAAGACAUUACGGCUCGGAUUGUGAUGUUAAAGGCCCGGUAUCAAGAUGAGGUUCAGAAAAAGGAAUUGGAUGAAGUGGAUGAGUGUGUCCAGGUUGAGACACUGAAGUUUGAGCAGGACUCAGCAGUGCAAGUGGACACACUUCCUCCCCUGACGAAGCUUACGUCUCGGGACGCGUACUUGUACGAGCUCGAGACUGCCAUCCAGGAAUGUGCUGCAAACCUGGACUCUUUAGAAGAUGCUCUUUCUUCUCCUGCCCCUCAGGAAGUCAGUACAGGUCACAGUUCUUCACCCCAUAUGUCCAAGUUGAUGGCCACAUGUCAGUCAUCAGUAGAACUUAUCAAUCAUUUGAGUAUGUUGUUGAUUGAAGAAAGUCACGUAUCUGAAGAAUAUGCCCGAGCAAGAGAAGUACGUGAUCUUUCAGCACGGUAUGAGCAGCUCUUAUCACAAGCACGAGCCAGGGAACAACGUAUGCGAGAAGCAAGGUCUUCCAUUGCUGAAGCUUACUAUUUUAUCUGUGAACAUGAGAGUGCAAGACUAACAUGUCCUCUGUGCUCACAUAAAAAUUGGCAACAGCUGGACAAUGAUUUGUGGCGACUGGAGCAGUGGCUCCAGUUUGCUGAGGGAACCCAGAGUGGCCAGACUGCCCCACCCACAAACAUAGAACAGCUGGAGGACACUAUUCAGGAUCAUAGGGAGUUUUUCAUGGACUUGGAGAGUCACAGGAAUAUUGUUGUCGCGCUGAAUAUCGUUGGAACACAUCUAGCCGAUCACACUGAAGAUGUGGAACGAGCAGGACAACUCCGAACAAGACUUGUGACAACAAACAGUCGGUGGGAUGCAGUGUGUCGUGCAGCAGCUGCCUGGCAAACCCAACUACAAACUGCGCUUAUGGAGAAUCAUGAAUUCCACCAGAUAAUUGAGGAAUUAGUGGCAUGGCUUGAAAAGACAGAAAAUGUGAUUAGGCAAGCAGAACCUGUUGAUCUUGCAGAUGAAAUAGAAGUUAUAGAAGCGAAGUAUAAUAAAUUCCGGGAAUUGAGAAGUGAUUUGGAACGAUGUGAGCCAAGAGUCAUGUCCCUCCAAGAGGCAGCUGAUCAACUUCUCAGAAAAUCUGAAGGUCCUGAAGGUGCUAGUAGUACUUGGUCUCGUCUGACAGACCUGCGACUGAAGCUGCAGUCUCUGCGUCGCCUUACUGGUGUCUACAUCCUGAAGUUAGGUGCAGUUCUGGGUCGGAAUACGUCUGAACUGGGGAUGUCAAUAGCAACAGCAGCUACCAGUGGACGCAGCACAGCUGCUACUUCCCUUAUGAGUCUUUCACAAGAGCUUCUGGAUCAAGCUGCUCCUGGCCAGUUCGAAGGAUCGGUCCAUUCUGAAAAACAGCACACAAAUGACAGCAGGGGCAACGAGCCAGACGAUGUCGAUACAACUGUCCUGGCUCGAGGUUAUCGGUUCCUAGGGCGAGUGGUUCGAGCAUCACUACCCAUUCAGGCACUCAUGUUACUACUUCUGGGAGUGGCAGCCCUUGUUCCGACAGGGGAAGAAGAUUAUUCUUGCAUUCUGAGCAACAACUUUGCUCGCAGCCUCGAGCCUAUGUUACGGUAUCCCAAUGGACCACCUCCUACAUAAAUAUGAGCAGUUUCAGUAUUUAUGAUUACAGUAACCAGUUGAGUAGAAUGUAUAUUUGUCAAAAAUCUCAGGCAUUUUUAAAUAAAGUUCCUGCCAGGAAUCAGUCUCCUCACAUUAACAAAUCCCAGCAAGAACUUUGGUCUCAGUGGAGGUCGGUCACAUACACAACAAAAUUUGAGAGAUUAUAUUAGUUCCAAGCAGCAAAGGCAUGAAAACAGACAAAAUAUUGUAAAGUACACCAAGAGAAAUGUUUCCUCUGUUUCAUUACGAAAAUGACUGCAAAUCAAUCUUUAAAAAAUUAUUCUAUUGCUAGGUGUUACAUCAUCAUCUCAUAUACUGUGUCCUUUUCUUUGAACCAAGAAUGCAGUGUAGUAGAUGAUGUAAUCGAUCUCAAGGUUUUUCAACAAAUGAACUGUCAUGUCUGUAGUUUGGAAAUUUCUGGCCUUUGUUGAAAAACAUUAAACUAUUUUUUUAGGAGUAUUUAACAUGAGCAGGAUAAAUUGAAAAUGAAGCAAAGCUUAUUGUCUCUAUGAUAAAACUUCUGCUUGCUUUUACAACAGAAUGUAUGACAUGUAUCAUUAUUAAGAAAAUUAUAUAAAGAAUGGUUUGUAUGGAAUAAAUAAGCACAUUGAAUCAAUUAUGAAAAAGUACUUAAUCACUGACUUGAAAUGGUUGUGUUGACGAAGGGAAUGAAUGAGAAACUUGCGAUUGAAAUAUACCAUUUCUUGUAUGCAUUUAUGUUAUGAGAUUUCCAAUAAGUUUAUAAACUUGUUUUUAUUAUGUAUCUUAUCUUUAGCAGCCAUAAAGUUUUCCAAGAAAAUGAAUAUAUAUAUCCAAUUUAUGAAUAUGGUAUGGAUGCUCAUUUAUUCAAAACGAGUGAAGAGCGACCAUGAGUGAUAUUGUAUAAAAUGCUAAUGUGCAGUAUGUAGGUAGGAAGUAUGUACAUAUGACACACUGAAAAAAAAGACUCAUAAAGAUUUUUUAAGUAUAAUGUAUAGAUUGAGAGAUGGUGAAAUUUCUUCUUUUAAUAAUAACUUGUCUGUAUAUCAGGGGAAAUUGUGAAACAGGUUUAAAUUUUUUUAAACUUUAUAUAAAGAGAUGGAGUGUAUGGUUGCAGAUGGGUUUUUAAUCCAACAUACCAGAUUUAAAAUCUCUUGAAGGCCAGAGGAGUGGAACACUCUGUUCUUUAAGGGACUUGUGAUGCCUGGUUUUUGGAAAUAACUGUUGUUUAACCUCGUAUAGUCAGUUACAAGCUAACGUCCCAUGGAAGCUCUCCAGCAUGGGAUGUGUCAGGCUUGUUGCUGUAUGAGAAACUAAAAGUGAAAUCAGUAAUCAAAGUCAGGCUGAUUGGAAAGUCCACUUUACAUAAUAUUAUUUCUCUGUUGAAUAUAAGUAUUUUUAUGUUUUAACUGAAGUUUAUGACGCUGUUGUUUAUGUUAUGCAGGAAAGUGAAAAAUUUCCUGAUUUCGAAAUGGUGCUAUGAAUAGCUUAAGUACACUUCUUUCUCAAGAUGCCCUAAAUUUAAAAUGUGGGCUUGCAUGAUUAUUAAAUAAGGUAUAAGGUACUAGAAGUCAUGCAAAUAUAUAAAAUAAAGUAAUUUGCCAAUGGAAAAGGUGGUAUAUAUUAAAAAUAUCAAAUGAACGAUUCUAGCAUUUAUGCUUGUUCAUAAUCUUACUCAAAAGCAGAAACAUAGUUGAAGUGCACUGUUCUGUUUGUUGAAAUCAAAUAUUAAAAGCCAAUCUGUCAUGUUUGUCUCCUUUCAGAGUUGAUGGACUGUUACUUUAACCACAAUCAUAUAAUACCUGUCAAUGUUUUAAUAUUAUAAUGCAUAUUAAUCUUUCUUUAUUCUCUAAUUAGUUCUCUAUUCAGCCGAAGGCCUCGGAACAGCUUCAUUCUUAAUACCAUAUUUGGUACAUUCAGGAGGAAGCUGUAGUUAAUGCCUAACCUGAAUUUAAAAGAAAUGCUGUUCCCAGACCAUGUCAUUUCUUAGCUUUAUUAUAUAAUUAUCUGCUUUAUACCUGUGGCAUCUUGUAGUUGUAUUUUUAUAAAGAAAGAGCUUAGCAGGUGUGUGGUAUUUACAUUUCAAGGAAUAAAUACAUUGAAUUUGAA